AUAUUUUUUUGAGAUGAGAGGACAAAAUAUAUUUAAGUAAAACAAAUUUUUAAUCCAUACGCAAUUUUCAAAGUUUAUGCAAAUAUGAUCGAACUAAUGUUUUAGGCCAAAUAAUCCCAGAACAAAAGUCCCAUCUCUAAGAUUGAAACGCAUCAAUUCAAUCUCUAGAUUCUCUACCCUCAGCUUCCAAUUUCUCAAUUUCAUCCGGUGACUCAUCACUCGACUGAACUUCAUCAACCAAAACUGCCGCAACUCUAAGUUCUUUUCUUGGCCUUCUCAUAGAAGUUAGUACAACAACAAAGCUGCAACUUGGGUUUGCUCGUUCCAUACUCCUACUUGGAAAUUUUACUAUCACUCACUAGUGUAAAGACGGGCAGUAACAUGACUAUCUUUUCGCAUUUAUUGGCAACGAACAAUAAAAUUGUAAAAAUAAUUAAGCGAAGGGUAAAAUUGGAAGAAAAAUGUUACACCAAGACAUAGUGUUUUUUUUUAUAUGGUUAAAAGCUUUUACAUAGUGUCACAAUAUUUUUCCUAUUAUUGUGGAUUGUUUUAUUUUAAUGCGAUUUAACUAUUUUUUAACUGAUAAUUUAAAUAAAAUUGAUAAGUUAGAUGAAUAAUAAAAUUGGAAAGGAAAAAUCCAACCCAAAAGGGUUAUCCCAUUUAUAUAUUGGUAUAGAUAAAGGCUUGAAUGCAAGUUCACCAUGCUAUUGCUCUAUCAUGUUUUAUGCUUCUAUCAUGGAUGUCAAUGUGUUGGUGUGGAUGAGGCCAUAAUUUGAUGGGCCGCCAGAAUCAUAAAAAUGAAGAGUUAAAUGAUAAAGAUCAGUCAGUGAUGGGUUUUCUUUUAGGGUUCAUAAUGAAUGGAGAAAUCUUUCAACAUGUCUCUUUUCUCAAAAAAGGUGUAUUUCUGUUAGACUAUAUAUUUUUGUCAGUUUUGCACAUUUAGAAUGACAGUUCCAAUAAACUAUGAAUGAAGAGAUAAACCUUUGUAAGCCAAGUUAUUUCUUGUAUUGUCUGUGUUCAUUUGCAAGACUCUCAUGUGGCUAGCCCCUCAUGGAUAACUUACAGACCAAUACCUCAUUUGAAGUGAUCAAUCCACAAUUUUUUAUUUUUUUCAUUAGGCCACCAACUAUGGCCCAAUAGUGUUGGGCUUGAAGGGAACUCGAUUCCCAUAUUGAAAAGAGAUAAGGCUUGAAUACAGUUUAUAAAGAAGGACAUCCUUCACCUUACAACUUGUAAAUUACAAGCAUGUUUUGUAAGGAUGAGUACCCAAUCUGAAAAAUCUAUCAUACUAUUUGAGCUGGAGUUUGCAGGCAUGUUGUGGGUUUUAAAUUUGCAUUUGUAUCAAUGUUUUAAAUUUACAACUUGUUGAAUAUCGGCCAAGGCGGAUAUUCAAUAGACCGCCAUACAAUGGUGGUUGCGUGGCGGAUUUCAUUUGGCAGAGCCAUGCUGGCCCCAAGAAAGUAACAACGACCAUGGCUGCACAGCAGAAAAUGUAAUAAAACUGAAACAACUUGUACUAGAUUGUGUAACGCGUGACCCAAAUAAGUUAAAACCCUAAAAACGACUACUUUAGCCUCAUUUCUCUCUGCUCUCUACCCUCUGUUCUCUUCCUUCUUGCUGUGUGUGAUUGUGCGACCACCCUCCAACUGCGAAGACUGCCCAUCUGCGAGUUCCACCCAGCUCUAAGUUCCCCCUUGCUGUGUUCUCGCCUCUUUGCGUGUGAAAGUUGUCUACAUGAUUGUAUUUGAAAGAUGAAGGGUCUGCAGACUGCAGUUCUCAUUAGAAACAAUAGGCCAACCACUUAUUUUUGCUGCAGAUUAUUUUUACUCAUUAGUCUUUGUAUCAAAAUCUUAUUUGACAUACAUCAGAACCUAUUUAUAUUAGCUUGUAGAUAGAAAUAGCUUGUUUGCUCAGUUGACCAACCACUUGAGAUGGUUAACUGUUUAUUUCUUAGAUUUCCGCCGAAUCCCAGUGUUCUUGUUUGGUAUGUAUUGUAAAUGUUCAAAACUACAAUAAUUAAUUUUGAAUGUUUCAAAUUAGACAAAUGUGACUUAUUUUAUUUUAUUAUUUUUAUUAUUAUAGUUUGUUUGAUUCAGUUUUCAGUUAAAUAUUAAGAAUGUUAUGUGAUGAUAUCAUGCUGUGAGCCAAUUAUCCUUAUGUCUUAUGUUGGGCAAUUCUGCUGUAUCCAGUUUUUAUUUAAAAAGAGAGUUUAGAGAGAGAGUUUACCAUACCUUAGUCAAUUAGGUUUCUAGUAUAAUCUCUACUUAUAUGGACUGAUUUACUUUCAACAAAUAAUAUUUGUAUUCAUUUUUUAUUUAAAAGAGAGAAUGAGAUUGUACUUUACCUUCGUCAAUUAGGUUUAUUGUAUAAUGUCUGCUCAGAUGGACUGAUUUACUUUCAACAAAUAGGCAGGUGUUCAAUGUCUGUCUCAGUUUUUGGUUUGUCUCAAUCACUCUGAUUUUGCUUUUCCAGAUGUAUUACAAAGAAUAUGUGCAACAAUCUCUUUCCAUUUUGUAGAUUAUGUAAAUUACUUUUCCCUUAAUAUGAUCCCCCAUCAAGCUUUGAUUUUAAGCUCCAAAAAUUUCUGUGAAAUCUUGGUCAUAUAAUACCUAAAGUUUGAGGCUUUGGAAUUGGAUCUGCUAUUUACGAAAACUAAACUCAACAAAAGCUGUUUUGUUUUUUGGUUUUCAGUUUUCACACAGGAAUCUUAGUUUAUUACAACUUUAAUCAAUUUGUUUUAUAAUUUGCAUAAUAUUUUACAAGAGUAAAGUGUCUUGAGUGAUGAGUUUACACGACAACUUUUGUGAUUAAAAGCAGGAUUCUUCUAUUUGGCAUUAGCUGUGAGAAAUUCAAACAGCAGAAGCCUCAUAAUUUUCUCAGGGGAUUGUAAUUAUACAUGAUCAUUAUAUUGAUUUGGCAUUAUAAAUUUAUUAAAUGUAAGCAUUUAUCCAAUUUUAGAAGUUCAUACUACAAAAACUGGUCUAGUAAACUUUGAUAUUAAAAUUGUUUUACUAUUAUACAUGCAAAGUAUGUUAUUCAAGGUAUUUUUUUAUAAAGUUUAUGGGACUAAUUGUGAUUUGAUAUUCUGUUGAAUUUAUACCCUUAGUGUGCAAGUUUAGUAUUUUACUUUUUGUUAGUAAAACACUCCAAGAUUCUUGGUUGUUGAGAAGCUUGUACCGUACGUGCAACAAAACAUAUAUGCAUAAAUCAAAUGCUUUACAAGUGAGGAAAGUAUGAUACCAAACCUUCAGACCAAUUAGAAUCAAAAGAGGUCAAAUUCUCUGAAAGAUUCUCAAAGAAAAACUUAGUACCCUUUUCCAACAACAUAAAAUUGAACAGAAAAUAAGCAAGUAUAUGUUUUAGUCCCUUAAGUUCAAUGUCAUUUCUUUAUUUUCAUCAAAACUUACUGUUGUACACAAUAUGACUGUAUUCAAGAGAAAAUUGGAAGUGGCUUCUGUUGGCCACACCAAACCAUUUGUUUGGCUAGCAGCUAUCAUCUGCACAAUUUUUGCCAUAGCUGUGACUAUUACUGGCAUUGUAGUGUUCAUUGGUUACAUACUGAUCCAUCCAAGAGCACCUAUAAUCAGUGUCACCAAUGCUCAUUUAGACCUUCUAAGAAAUGAUCAUGCUGGUCUACUUCAAACUCAGUUAAGCAUUGUUGUAACUGCUUAUAAUGGAAAUGCUAAGGCUCAUGCCACAUUUUCUAAGAUAACAUUUAGUCUUAGCUUUCAAGGUCAAGGUAUAGCUAUGCUUGUUGCUGAUUCAUUUGACGUGCCGAAAAACAGUACAAAUGAUCUUAGAUAUGUUGUUCAGUCAUCGUCGAUUCCGUUAACUCCUGACCAAAUUGAUAAAAUUGACGAGUCUUGGAAAAGAAAUGAGAUUGGUUUUGAUUUCAAGGGUGCUGCUAGGACUAGGUGGAGGAUAGGUCCUUUUCGUUCUGUUAAAUAUUCUUGUCAUUUGAAUUGUUACCUCAAGUUUCGUCCCUUGAAUGGUAGUUAUAUACAUUCCAAGUGCUCAUCCAAAUCAAAAUGAUUCUUUUUACCCAUUUUCUCAUCUCAUCUUUAUUCUGUAGAUUAUGUUCAACUUCUAUAUUUUGAUUUUGACUUCAUGUUUAUAUAUAUAUAGAUAUAGAUUUUAUGGCAAUAAAACUGAGUAUUUUUUUAGAGUUUUUAA